GAACAAAUGUCCGAAAUUUUGGGGAGCCUGAUCAGGCACACACACAUCACACACCGAGCGUGUUGAGCGCAGAAAGAGGAAGAAUCAAAUGAUCGGGCCGGGUCGACCCAUAUUCGUGCUGUUCGGAUCCUCCAUAGUCCAGCAGUGCUUCGAGGUCGGAGGAUGGGGAGCUGUUCUCGCCGACCUUUAUGACCGCAAGGAUGCAGCUGUCAACCCUUCUCUGGUUAUAGUGUAUUUUGGUGGUAAUGAUGCAUUGCAUCCUCACCCUAGUGGCCUAGGCGCUCAUGUUCCUUUACCUGAAUAUAUCGAAAACAUGGAAAAGAUUUAUCUUCAUCUCAAGAGUCUCUCUGAGAAGACACGGCUGAUUUUUCUCACUUCUCCUCCUGUGAAUGAGACAAUGAUCCAUGAACAUUUCGGUAAUGCACACGAUAAUCAAGACAGAACAAAUGAAACCUGUCAUAUAUACGCCGAGGCAUUAGUGGAGUUGUGCCGAAAAUUGGACAUUAAGGUCAUCAACCUUUGGACUGCGGUUCAGCAAAGAGAAGAUUGGGCAACAACUUGCUUUAGAGAUGGAAUCCAUUUCUCGGCUGAAGGGAACAAAAUAGUGGCGAAGGAGAUAUUGAGAGUUAUAAAAGAGGCCGAUUGGGAACCGAGCCUAUAUUGGGAGUCUAUGCCGAACGAAUUUGCUGAGGACUCACCAUAUUACAUGGUGCACCCUAACGGUAAAACCACCAACAAUAUCUCUUCAGUAAUCUCUCGAUGGAAAAUGAAAUGGAUGGUGAACGGCAUUAACUCGAAGCUUUGAUUUUUAAUGGUGGACUUCUAUUGUAUCCUUGAAUAUAUAUUGUCUUAAUUGUGUGGUUAAUUUGUCCCGAGGUCUUCGGAGUAAAAGUAAAAUGUUACGUAGAAGGUUAUUGGUUUUGAAUUUGACUACCAUUAAAGGAAAAGAUGCAUGAAACAGUUCUGACAUUUUCUCGGUCAUGCAUGAAACAUAAGUUUCCGAGCAUGCUGAACUUUGAAUUUAUUUCUUGGUUUUGUGGCUACGUGAUGAUUUUCUCGACUAUAUUUCCAUAUCAAAAUCUGUCUGCUAUAUAUCUUAGUUGUUGAUUUAUUCGAAAUUAGUCUUCGAUUGGUGUAAUUUAGUGUCGUGCUUUGUUUAUACUUCAUAUUGAAGUCAUUCUGCUUGUAAGAACCUGUGAUAGAAGUUGGAAUGGUUGGUAAAGAGUCAUUU